AUGACAAGAAAGCUUCUGGAGAAAGGCGCAAACCCAAAUAUUGGAUUUGGCAACUUCGAAAACCAAACCCUACUGCAGAGAGCUUCAUCGCUAGGGAAUAAUGUUCUCGUACAGGAAUUGAUAAAACAUGGAGCAGAAGUGAAUGCUUCACCUUACCCGCUUGGUGGACGCACUGCAUUGCAAGCAGCCUCUGAGCGGGGCCACGAAACUACAGCUCUGAUUCUGCUGGACUUUGGCGCAACAAUUAAAGCAGAAAGAGCCGGAGUCGAUGGAGUCUCUGCAAUCGAAGCUUCUCUCUAUUCAAGCGAUUUUGGGCUUACUCAGCUUUUCCUCAAGAGAGAUCCCAACGCCAUAUCAUCUGAUCCCGUCACGAGUCGUCAGAUCAUAGGGAAAGCUUUGAAUUUUCACAAUUGCAAUGUGGCCCUGCUCGAACUUCUUAUCAGAAAAGGAGCCGAUGUUGGCAACGCUCCGCACUCCGAUUCAAUAUCAAACCUCCAAAGAGCAGCAAAAAGAGGCAACUUCCAAAUCGUCCAAUGUCUGAUUUUGGCUGAUACCAAUAUUAAUCAUCGCUGGAAAAAGACAUCUGGAGGUGAAGUGACCGCUCUUCAAAGCGCUGUCGCUAGAGGGAACAUCAAUAUCGUGGAAUUACUUCUUCAAAGAGGUGCCGAUGUCAAUGCCCCUGCGAACGAGCAUGGUGGAGAAACUGCGCUCCAAAUAGCAGCUUCCCAGAAUAACCACGUAAUGGUGAAGCUCCUGAGGGGCCACGGCGCUGAUGUCAAUGGCUUACCAAGCCCGAUCCGAGGCCGAUCCGCACUACAGGAGGCUGCAAGUAGUGGCUUCAUGCAACUCACUGAAUAUUUAUUGGCUUCCGGAGCGGACCCUAAUCUUCCACCAGCACGAUUCGGAGGGGUGAGUGCUUUACAAGGAGCGGCCAUUGAAGGAAAGAUACGCAUCGUGAUCAUGCUACUCCAAGCUGGAGCGUUGGUCAAUGCAGCGCCUGCUAUCGAAGAGGGACGUAGUGCAAUCGAGGGUGCUGCGGAGAACGGCAGGCUUGAUACACUGCGCCUUUUAUUAGAUUAUCAUCCCGACACGGAAGAUUUUGAGAUCACGAGGAAGAGGGCGGCAAGACUGGCUUUGUCUAAUGGCCACUUGGCUAUUGGGAGGUUUUUGAUGGCCUAUCGCAAGCAUGCUUGGAAGGCAUGA